AUGAAUAGUUCACCUCACGAUUAUGUACCUCAUUGCUCACCGGCAGAACAGAUGCCGAAUAUGAUGCAAGUAGUUGCUGAGAAUCGUCAUUUCAGUAUAGGUACGAUGGUUUCCCCGAAAUCGAGUCUCGAUAGGCCUUCCGUUCCUCAACAACAACAUCUUUUCAACACAAUUGGUAAUUCAACACGUCUUUCUCCAAUUCAAGCCCAAUCGAUUCCUGCUUCAUCACAAAUGCCUUCACGUUCUGCUCAGGUGCCUCUUUCCCCCCCACUUUCUCAUCAUUACCAACAGCAGCAGGAACAACCUGCUUCAACUGGAAACGCUGAUAUUCCUUCUAAUGCUACAAAUGCGAUGUUCCGUGUACAAAUGUGGUCUAGCAAUUUCGAUAGUGGUAUUCAAUCUAUGAACCAUAGUUCGGCACCAUCAGUUUUAUCCGUCAGUUCGUUACGCGCUGGAUCGCAAAUCUCCACUAUGUCUGAUGAUGCACAUUCACGAAUUGAAUUAACUGAUCAGCAGCAAAUAAAAUUUGAAAAUAUAUCGUCUGAUUUAGAACAUGGCUCACAAGACGGUGAAACACAGAAUGCAGUUCCAGAACUCAUACAUUUACUUAAUGAUACUGAUGAGGUGGUAGUACAACGUGCAGCAACAACGAUACAAACUAUCGCCAAAAUUGAUUCCGAAGAACCACUUUAUGCGGAACCUUAUUUGCGAGCAAUUGAAGUUAUAACUGCUCUGAAAGAUUUAUUGAGAACGAAAUCAAAUAAACCGGCUAUCAUUAAACCAACGCUUGGUGCUUUGUUUCAUAUUUCUGAACGUCAUGACGGUCUAGAAAAUAUUUUAAAAAUAAAUGACCAGACAAAAGGGUCCCUGCUAAUCGAUAUUAUUGAACACAUUAAAUUUACCGGUGGUUCAGCCUUACGUUACGCAAUCUUAACGUUUCAUACUAUUAUUGCUGUGAAACCAGCUGAUGGACACAAUAUUGAAGUGGCUCGGACCAAUGGCGCACUUCAGGCUCUAACUCAAUUUCUCGAUCGUGAAAGUAAUGAAAAGCUUCUUUCAGUAAUUGUUGAAUGUGUGCGAUUGCUUUGUGAUAAAAGUCAAACGCAAAGGGCAUUAUUUCUGCAGUUAAACGGUCCAUCCAAACUGCUUUAUAUAUUGCGUGUGUUAUGCUAUGAAGGUUUACUCUGGAGAACUACGCAACUUUUGAAAAUUUUUUCCAAUGGAGAUCCUCAAGCAAUAGUGAAGAGUGGUGGCUAUGAUGUUCUGCAUAAACAACUUGAACAUGCCAGUCAGCGGUUGAUUAUUUCAACUUUGGAAUGUAUUAGGAAUAUGUCCGAUUCGAGGAGCAAUAGUCAAAACACGAUACAAACAGCUUUGUAUCGUGUUUUGAUUAGUUCGUAUAGCAUACCAGCAAGCGCUCCAAAUCAACAGCAAAGAGUGGAAGAUAUCCAGGAACGUGGAUUAGCAACAUUGCGUCAACUGUGUGUCGGACAUACUCAUCAAGUAGAAGCACAAAAAGCUGUCCUUCAGCAACAGUACGCUGCUGACUUUUUACUCCGAAAACUUACUGAAAUGAGGCCUUCUAUUCUGAAGCAGACUCUCCAGAUAUUGAAUAAAGCAGCUUUGCAAGAUACAAACCUUCUGUUUCGUGAAAUUCGUCUGAAGCAGGUAGCUGAUUGCGAGACGAAUUUUAUGGAGCGUAUCGCAUUGAUUCUAAAAGUUGCAUGCGACCAGUUACCAUUGACAAAAAUACUGGAAGAGGUACGCGUUGCAGAUCUCAUUCAAUUAUCAUUGUCCACUCUUCAGCUUCUAUGCCGAGAUUCAGUUCUUCUGAAUCAGAUAUCAUAUUGUAUUAGAAGGUCUGAUUUCCUAAUGUUUCGCGAUCGAGAUGGUGACUGUGCAACAUUGCUACCGGUGUUUUGUUUAUAUCAGAAUUAUGUGAAGGAUGAAAACUUGAAUAGAAGUGCACUUGGUCUUAUACAUGAACUUUCUUCUCAGUCUGAACAAAGUAUGCCAAACAGGCUUAUGAGCGCAGCGUGCAAGGUGGGGGAUCCAUCAGUUCUUUAUCAGAAUUUCUCUUUGCCAUCUUCAUCUCAUCGUUUGGUUUUACAUUCGGCGCAGCUCGGUGGGCAGCCAAAUGUACCGUGCAAUGGGCAACAAAUUCAAUAUCCUCAACAAAACUGUGGAGCCAAUAAUUCUUACAAUACGAUAUCACCAUCUGCAUCAGUAGUACUUCGUUAUCCUUCUUUGCUACCUCAACAAACUCCAUUAUCAACACCUACAUCUUUAACUUCAUAUUCUAACUUGGGGGGCGCUGGCAUUCACGCGCAAUCUCAGACUUCGUCACCUCCUCAACAGCAAGUAUCUUCUGAUAAUCAGGCAGUUAUGUAUGGUCGUGGAGAUCCAUCGCAAAACACCGGUAGCACAUCCAAUAACAAUAACAUGGAAUAUUCUUUAGGAGAAGUGUGGUCUGAGGAUCUUUCUGGUCUUUCAAUAAGUGACGACCCAUUCGCAACUAUGUUCACACAACAUUUCGAUUUACCUCAACAAAGACAUCACUUGCGAUCGACAUAUCUCUCUGCUCGAGGGAAUUUCAGCCCCUUGUUAAAUGCUUACUGCUGUCCUGGACCAUCGAGUACCAAUAUUACCGAUCAGCUGAUGGAAAGUUAUGUUCAUAUGGGCAGUCCCGAUGCUCCAGCUUCUUGGAACGAUCCGAUGAAUAACAGUAAUUUCAGUGAUUUCCAAAUGUAG